GGUACUCUGAAUUUUUUAUUUUUUUGAUAAGUAAAUAAUUAUAUUAAAAAGGGCAUUAAGGGAAUGCCACCCAUAUACAAAAAAAGACCACCAAGACAAAAAGGCCCUAUACACCAUCAAGUGAAAUGAACAACUCAAACCAAUCUAGAAAAAGAUCAAGGGAGGGAUUACAUUCUCCCUUGUCCCAAGUCCCAACUAUACAAACUACUAACCACGAAACUUUUAAUUUUAAACAAAGGCUUUUUGAAACAUCUCGAAUUCCUCUCACGCCAAACGGGUACUCUGAAAAUGAUGCCGUACGAUUACCGGGUAUGGCACCAUUCGAAAAAAACCCUGCACUGGGUACUUUUAAGUUUUUGAGUACGGUUUGUGGGUAUGGCAAUACUUUUCUUGGUACGUUUGAGCAUAUUCCUUUUAAUUCUUCACAGGUUCUGGGUGCAUAAACUCAAAUUGUUGUCCUUAAUAUGAAUUCCUCAUUGACAUGGAGUAUUUAACUCAAUACCAAUACUUAGAUCUAGGGCUUAAACGAGAGCAGGAGCUGCUCCAGCGACUGAAUCUUGUCCGUCGUUCUCCACCGAUCUUCCUCCAACGAUUCCAGCGACUCUGACUCCGGCAGCCACAGCUCCCCUGCCUCGUUAGUCUCUCUCUCUCUCUCUCUCUCUCUCUCUCUCUCUCUCUCUCUCUCUCUCUCUCUCUCGUUACUCUGUGAGAUCUUCCUAGUUCUUCAAGCAGUAUGGGUUCAAGUUCAAGUGCUACCUGUACCCCUUCUGCUGAUCAAGAUGAUAAUACUCCCCUUUGGAAUUAUGUGACUAAAAUAACAGAAAGGGGUGAAGGGUAGUGGGGACACAAAACUCAAGUGCAUUUUGUGUAAGAUAGAAUCUAAGGGGUCAUACCGUAGACUCAAAGCCAUUUGUUGCUAACUAAAGAUAAAAGAAUUAGAUUGUGCUCUUUGUGAUGGAGAGGCCUGAAAUUCUUGAAGAAAAAAGAAAAGUAUAUGAGGAAGCGGAGAAUCAAAAAAAUAUGGCUAAGCAUAAAAAUGUUCCUGUACCUCCUCCAUCUACAACCACUUGGGGGGGGUGCGGUUUAUGAGACAAAGAAAAGGAAGACAGUGGCCAUUGGGCAAUAACCCCUUCAAGAAGGCAAUGAAUAUAGGUGCUAGAGAACAUUUAAGUUCUUUGAUUGCUCGCAUGUUUUAUUCUGCUGGUUUGCCUUUCCAUUUGGUCUUAUGAGAAUAGUAUUCCUGGAUAUGUUCCUCCUGGUUAUAGCUUGUUGUGAACUACACUACUCAAAAAAGAAAGGACAAACAUUUUAAGGUAUCAUGGGAGGAGAAGGUUUUUAGUGUUGUUAACAAUGGAUGGGCUGAUACACAAAGGAGGCCUCUUAUUAAUUUUAUGGCAGCAACAGCAGGGGGAGCUAUGUUCAUGACAGUUGUUAACUGUGAGGGUGAGGGAACUGUUUUUGCAACAUUGACUAUUGCCUACAAGAUUUCAGUGAUGCUGCCUGUUGAUCCUGCUCAAAAACUAUCCUUCACCCGAUUCAUUACUGAUGGAGAUUUGGUUAUUGUGUAUGAGAGGCAUGAUAUCAUGAAGGCUGUUAAAGUAAGUGAGAAUUCAGUUCUCCAAAACCGUUUUGGUGUUUUCAAACAUUCAGAUUGGAUAGGGAGACCCUUUGGUUCCAAGGUGUUAAGCGACAAGGGUGGAUUUGUUUACUUGUUAGCUCCAACUCCUGAGCUUUGGACUCUGGUUCUCAGCCACAGAACUCAGAUCUUAUACAUUGCAGAUAUUAGUCUUGUUAUUAUGUACUUGGAAGUAGUUCCUGGCUGUUUGGUUCUCGAGUCUGGAACUGGGAGCGGAUCUUUAACUACCUCGCUUGCCAGAGCUGUGGCCCCCACAGGACAUGUCUAUACAUUUGAUUUCCAUGAACAGAGAGCUGUUUCGGCUAGGGAAGAUUUUGAAAGGACAGGAUUGAGUAACUUAGUGACUGUGGGAGUCAGAGAUAUUCAAGGUGACGGUUUUCCUGAUGAUUUUUGUGGAAAGGCCGAUUCUGUGUUCCUUGACCUACCCCAACCUUGGUUGGCCAUUCCUUCUGCUGGAAAAAUGUUGAAACAAGAUGGGAUUUUAUGUUCCUUCUCACCAUGCAUUGAGCAAGUGUCACGAUCUUGCGAAACUCUCAGAGCAAAUUUUACUGAUAUAAGAACAUUUGAGGUUCUCCUCCGCCCAUAUGAGGUCAAAGAAGGGAAAAUGGAGAGCUGCCAAGCUGACAAAAGUGGGUCUAUUUUGUCCCUUUCUCGCAAGAGGAGGCAGCGUUCAGGUGAAGUAGGUAGCAAUGGAAGGGAGGUUUCCAAUUCUCCCACAACCAUCAUGGCUAGACCAUCACCUGAGUCGAAAGGUCACACUGGCUAUCUAACUUUUGCAAGACUCAGAUGCCUUUCAUAACGACUGUGACAGACUCUUGUAUUAGUGUAUGAGAAAGCAGUUUUGCAUUCCCUUUCUGUUUAAGUCUAUUGACAACUUGUUUCAGUUUAGGCCACCCCAUUUCACUCACUAUUAGCAAGGGAAUCACUUUUCUUUAAUUUCCUUUCUUGAGUUCUCGAGGGGGCAAAAGAUAGGAUAAAAUUCUUGACGUGUAGUUUUUGGCUCCAUUUUUUUUUCCCGCAUGUAAUAUUUAUUCUCGAGGCAGAAUGGCAAGUGAGAGUCACUUUUGGUUUGAUUCAUUUUGCAACGUUGUACCAAUACUACUGGUUUGGAACCGCUAAGAAACACUGUUUCACGGAAAGUAAUUCUUGCAAGUAAGUUUUCCUUUGUCGUUCUUCUUGUA